GGCUCGCUGCGUCUGCAGUGGGGGUGUAUCCGCGAUCACGGCCAGCGCCUGCACGCGCAAGAGAAUGCUGUGAAUUAAACUGCUUUUGGAAUACAAAUUUUUAAUAUUCAAAGAUAAUCAUUUAGCAAGCCGUUUUCCAACUGGCAUGAAAACGGAGUGGGACUUCUUAUCUUCCGUUAACCUCGUGUAUGAAUGUAGGAUUUUAGAGCAUCUUCCGAGAAGCAGCCGAUAGGGAAGUGCCUAGCUCGGUAACUGUCGGGGUUUUAUCUCGCUAAUGCAAAACAACGCAAACAAAGAAACUGGGAAAUCGGUACGUGUUCAUCCAACUUUUCCAAGACAAAAGGAACACGUCAGUUCGUUUACUUUACUCGUUUACUAUCUAAAGUGACGCGUCCUCUCAGAUAAUCUGUUAGUUUGAAAGCUAAUGGCAUAAACGGCUAAAGCCGAAAUGCUACAUGACGAGCAAGCUUUAAAGAGACUGUAAUGAAAUAAUAACCAUAUAACAAACGCUACAAAGGACCUAUUGUUGUAAAUAUAUGACGUAUUAUCCGGAACUAAUCCACGGCCUGACCCAUGGCUGAUAUGGAGAUUCCAGUGCCUCCGAAAUUAUAUACCCAGCUCUCCUGGAGUUUCCUAGUGAAGACAAUCUGAGGGUCAGAGACUCAAGUGCCUCAAGCACUGCUGUUCUGCUGCUCCUGAGUGUGACUCGUCCCCACGACGUCACCAAUGCGACCAUGGGAAAUUGCAGUCAAUAGGCGGCCACCAAUAGCCCCCUUAAAUCAGAGGAGGUUCCAGGGGGAGCCUUGUCACGCCCCAGUGCAUCUCAGGAGAAGUCCUCCCGUGAGACGGCAGUGGGGACGCAGAGACAGACCUGUACUGCACAACUUCCUGCACCAGGGUGAGAACUUCCACUAUCCUCUCCUGUCACAGCAUCAGCAGCAGAUUUCUGUAGAUGAGUCCCGACUGUACAGUCACACCAGCGUACCGCCACGAAUGCUCCACCCUGCCCCACACCCGCCUCAACAGAACCCCAUCAUGGUGGAUCUUCAUGAGCAGAUGCACCAGGGACCGGUCCCGAUAUCUUACACAGUUACCACGGUGACAACACACGGUUUCCCCCUGCAUACCGGUCAGCCUAUCCCAGGGUGCAACACACAGCAGCUCCCAGCAUGCUCGGUAAUGUUCAGCGGACAGCACUCUCUCCUCAGCCGCCUUCUUCCCCCUCUGAUUCAAGCCUGUACAAUGCAGCACUUGCCAGUGUCUUACCAAGCCUUCCCGCCUCUGAUCUCCAGUGAGCAUUUUAUAUUGCACCCCCCACCACCAGUGCCCCCCCAUCAGCCACCUCACCUUACUCCCAUAAGCCAGUUCGUCCCUCUGCAGCCACAGCCCCCCCGCAUGCCUCUGCAGAGAGUAGAAAAUGAAGUGGACAUGAGAGGUGAGCAACAUCCUGUGGGUGGAUUCGCUUACCCUCCCACCCACCACCCACCAGCAAUGCCCCCAUCUGUCCCCCUUCAGUAUCUCCCUCAAGACCCUCUGCACCAGGACCUGCCCUUCGGAGUGCCAUAUCCUCAUGUUCUGCCACGACGUGUUAAUGGGCAGAGAUACAGGUUACAGCAGCCCUUACCUCCCCCUCCUCCUCCACCUCCCUACUAUCCAAGUUUCCUGCCGUACUUCCUCUCUAUGCUUCCCGUGCCUCCAGCUGCAGUGGGGCCAGCGAUCAGUUUGGACCUGGAUGUGGAUGAUGUGGAAAUGGAGAAUUACGAGGCGUUACUAAACCUCGCUGAGAGGCUGGGAGAGGCCAAACCUCGCGGACUCACCAAAGCCGAUAUCGAGCACCUUCCGUCCUAUAGGUUCAAUCCAGAAAAUCACCAAUCUGAACAAACCCUGUGUGUUGUAUGCUUUAGUGAUUUUGAGUCUAGGCAGCUACUUCGAGUAUUACCAUGUAACCAUGAGUUUCACGCUAAAUGUGUCGACAAAUGGUUAAAGGUAAGAUAUAGAUUUCCUUUUUCUUGUAUCCUUUGUUGGUGCAGACAACUCCAAUUUCUUCCUCUUUACUCAAAAAUAUUUGAAGAAUACUUUAGGAAACAAAUGGUAAGAUAAAUACUGCAGAAUACAGUAGCCCCUUCACAUUCGCGGACUUAACAUUUGCAGUUUUGGUCAUUCAGGAGUUGGCUGUAAACAAUUUUUGGAGCUUGCUGAAAGAUUGCAGAAACUUGAGCACGAUGUAUAAGCCAGUACUGACUGAUUUGGAUUGCUGAAAACAUGUAAUGUAACUGUAUUCUCUAUCUUUAAUAUUAAAAAUCUCAGCUUGGGUACUACAUGUAUCUUUGUCUCAGCAGCCAGCCUCACUCCUGUAUUCGCUGUCUUUGUCAAUCUCGCAUUUCUCACAGUGACUUUUAAACUUUUCAGUGCCGUUAAUUUUGCAUUUUUAAUAAUACGUCCAAAUCGUAGUUCAUGUUCAUUUAGGCUAUCAGACUGUUAAGGGUUCGGGUUAGGGAUGUCCAAGUAUAAUUUGCAAGUUUUGACAUUUCCGGGUAUCUCGGAACAUAACCUUCAGGAAUGUGAAGGGGAUACUGCACGUUCAUUUUAAAUAAUAAUGAAAAAAAAUUGUUUGGCCUAAUUCAAAUAUCUUGUGUUGAAUAAUUUGGGAAAAUAUUAAUGUAAUUUGCAUGUUUCUGUAUGUUUGUGUGGAGUAGAUUCAUCAUAAAUAAAAUGCUGUCCUUAUGUUCAUCUAUACAUCACUUCUUAUAAUUGUAUCUAGUAGAACUACUCUAGCCAAUGGUGAACAGAAAAAGUAGAGAUGUGAAGCAGUCUGGUGUUUCUGCAUGUGUAUUUUGAUGCACAUUAGUCUGUUAUCCAGAUUUAACUUGAUUUUUCGUAAUCAUAACCCAUGUCUCAAACUCUGGUGUUCAGUGGUAGCGCCUUGACUUUAUAUUUCAGUUGUGCAAAAUAAAUGUGCUCAGAGAAUAAUUUUUCAUUUGCAACUAUUGAAGUUAAAUUAUCGAACCUGACAUAUCAAACUUUUAUCCCUCCCCCUCGACAGUUCAGGGUGGGGGAGGGGCGCUAUGAUCCGCAUUGGUGCAGCUUAGUUUUUGUCACUGGAAGCUGCAGUAAUGGAGAUGCAGAUUGGCCCUUGCAUUCACACAAAGCUUAACACCCUUUUCUUUGUAUUACAGACUAAUCGCACUUGUCCAAUCUGUCGAGCCGAUGCAUCCGAGGUCCACCGGGAUGUGGAGUGAGCCCAGAUACGGUUAAUCCAAUGGGGGGGGGGGGGAAAACAGCACAAUAUAAAGGAGUCUGUUUCACGUGGAGACACGGGGCAUAUGGCACCCACCCCAUGUCCCCCAAGUAAACGAAAACAAAAAUGUCCCACCCACUCCCCGCGCCUUGAACAAUAAACAGUCUAGCAACAUAUCUGGAGCUCUGUCGUUACCUCUGCUGAGCAUUGUGUGAGAUUGAUGAAAGCUACUGCAUAGUAUAGCCACAUAGCCAUAAAUUCUGGAGUUGUCCUGUGUACUUGUUUUGCCCUUGUGUUGCCAAUAUUCCAAAGAUUUAACGUGUAUAAUCUUUCGUUGUGUUGCAACUCUAUGGAAGAAAAGUAGGCAUUUUUUUCCUAAUACUAGUUUGAUUUCUUUUGUUGUAUUUUGUAGCUUAGACUCAUUCCAAGUACUACACCAGUGAUUUAAAUGAGUUUUGGAUUGUGGCUGGGAGAGUAUGGAGCUACGUGUUGUGCAAACAGCAGAUGAACAAUAAGAAGAAUUUCUUUUUUAUGGUUAGUAGCAAACUGGACCAUUCCACUGGCUUUGGAUAAAAGCUUAACCACCAGAGAUGCAUGUUUGUAUAGGUGAUGGGCAACGUGAAUUGUUAAUAACGUAUGUUACGCAAUAAUGUAUUGAUGAUUUUGAUAUUUCUUUCCCAGUUUAUUUUGUUUAAUUUUUUUCAUUUUAAUCAGCGAAUGCUAUUGUGAAAGUCUUGACUUGCUGUGGUAACAGGUGCAGUAUCUCUUUCAGGCCUGAGGUAAAAGAAAAAUAGGAUUGGGACUGAUAAAGAUGUGCUGGUUUGAAACCUCCUUUAUGCUUUAUCGCUCACAAAACUAAAACAUUUAAAAGGAAUCUCUCCUGGAAGGAAGGGGGGGCGUUGCAGUGGAGUUGCCAUCAUCGCUCUUGUAGAGGGCAUCGUUUCAGACAUCUGAUACCAGGGGAGACAGUGGGACGUGGAGAUUUCCUCACGCCAGGUCUGCUGGGCCGCGCUACCCCAGCAGCACAUCCUUCAAGCCAGCCUUGUCCCUCUGCCAAACACUCACCCUCUCUCCCAUUCUUGGAGCUGUUGCUUUGUGUGGCUACUGGAUCCAGGGGAUUGCUGGGCAAAUUUGCAUGGGCUGUUGAUUUAGAUUAGCAAUAUUUAAAUCAAGAAUCACCACCAUUUAAACUGUCAGGAAAACAAAAAAAAAAAAAAAAAAAUACUUGGUUAAACCAGGAGGAACCAGGUUUGAUGGAUGGCCUUUGUCUUACCAUUCUUUACACUUCUGCAUCGGCCAUGGGAAGACGGUCGUCAUCCUGCUACAUCAAAGUUGACUUUGGAGAUGUUGGGAGUCCUUUGCAGAAAGCAAUAUGUGCAAUUAGUGCCGGUGUUAAACCGAACACUUCUUCAUGUUUUAGGAAGGCCAGGUUUUUCCUCGUUUGUGAACCAAAUACUCAAUAUAUUCUUCAAGAUUUCAGCUCUGCCUUUCCAAGACCUUGACAAGCACAAAUGUAUUAACUACUCAUCUUAAAAAAAACAAUCUUUCUGUUAUGUUCACUUGUUUUAAUAGUAGGGUUUUUAAAUUCUUAUUUAUUGGUUUUAUCCUUGAGAGAAAACAAACUGAAGGAUGAGGUGAAAGUACUAACGUGAUAUAUAAUUGUGUGAUGUAUAGGCAAUUUUGUCAGGUCUCAAUCCUUGUAUUAGGUGGUGUGUAAAAGAAACAUUUUAAGCAUUGCAAUGAAGUGAACAGCUUAAAUGGUCUUGUUUUUAAGACAAAAGAAUGUUUAAACAUCAAUAGCAUUGCAUAAAGAAUCCUGUGUAUGUAAUUUGUGAGUUUCACGGUGAGCAUGUUGGCCAUAGUUACACAAUGAUUAGAAAGGGAUUAAAAGUGACAAAAGAUGGAGCUUUAUGGUUUGGCUGAGCAGGACACUGACACUUCUGUCCACAGUUGGUAUUGCUCAGGCAUCCAAAAACCUAAUUUGAUGGUUCACAAAAUUCAUUUGCAUUCUAAGGUGUUCUCAGAAGUGCUGUAAGUGAGACGACCCCAUCAAGGAACUGACCCACCAAGCACUUAUUGGCAGUCUUAACACUAAAGAUGGAGACUUUCCUUCCCCGUAAAGGGACCUUGCCAUGUUUUAUUGAGAAUGUCUCCAGUGCCUCUAGUGUACUCACUUGAAAAAAAGCCAUUUUAAUGAGUUUAGCCCAGAGUUUAGGUAACAAACCUAUAUAUACACAUAUCUGUUCACUGGCAUAUAUAUUAUUGUGAGUUUCACUCAGGGCCUUUCAUUUAUUAAA